ACAGAAUAUAUACUUCUUGAGAAAGCAUUAUCUGUGCAGAAUCAAAAAAGAUGAAUUGCUCACAACUUCAGAAACGUGUUUUCAAUAAAAGCAUUAUUUUCCGGGUUUUAUUGGCUAUAAACACAACAAUUAUAUGCAUAUGCAUGAUGUAUGCAUCACAAGGUAUUUUCAAGACCAGGCCUAAAGAAGCAAAUCCAUUGAAGCGAGAGAUUAAACUAAAACCGUACGACAUAUUAUUGAGCAGUUAUAUGAGAAGUGGAAGUUCUUUGACCGGCAUGAUUUUUGGACACAGAUCUGAUUCAUUUUAUUUCUUCGAGCCUUUGUGGGAACUUGCUAAAUGGACGUAUUGGCAUGGGUACAAUGCAGUUUGCAGGUCAGAUCGACUAGAAUGCAGAGAAACGACGCAGAGGACGGGUGAGCAAAAGAAAGCAGUUGACAGCUACCUUUACAGGUUUAAUCCUUGUUCACUUGAAACGGCAGUUAACAUUUUACACAAGAUCUACGAUUGUGAAUUUAACGAAUCUGAUCGGACCACUAUAAACCACGAAAUUCAUGCUAAUUUUGGGGGUCCUAGCUGGGAAAUGUGCAGAAACAAAGAUACAAACUUCACAACUUGCCUAUAUCAGCAUAUUCCGAACACGUGUAAGCAUUUUUUGCAUAAAGUUACAAAGGUGUUACGACUAACUACAGAUAUAAUUUCGUCAUUGCUUGAUACUCGUAAAAAUCUUAAAGUCAUUCAUUUAUUUAGAGAUCCAAGAGCAAUUAUAAAUUCCAGAAUUGAGACAAAAUGGUUUCCUUCUAAAACAGAUGAGGAAGUAAUAGAAAACGCAAAAUCAUUGUGCAAUAAAAUGUUGUAUGACUUUCGGAAAGGACAAAAUGUUCACAAGAAGUAUCCGGACAGAUUUAAAUUUAUUUACUACGAGGAUCUAACCUCGAAUAUGCUUAGUAAGUCAAAAAUAUUGUAUAACUAUAUAGGCAUGAAUGUAGACGAGACGUAUUUUCCUGAAUUUAUGAAGCAUAUUGUUUCGAAAAAAACUUUUGUAAGUAAAGUAGAGCGUAAAAAAAAUUCAGCUUAUUGGUGGAGAAAAAACUUAAAUUGGACUAUUGUAAAGAACAUGGAGAUUAUUUGCAAGGACGUGUAUACUGAACUUGGGUAUAAACCCAUGUCCAGUUUCCAAGAGUACGUUAACCUGUCAAUGCCAAGUACUGUUGUUCCAAAUGAGUACUUGAUCGUUAGAUGAGAGAGUGGCCUUCUUUGAAUAUUUUUCAUGUAGAUAUAGAGAUAAAAUUCUUCAUUAACAACUCGAAUAUUAAUUUUGAAACAUUUUGUUGAAAUGAAUUCCGCGUUAUCUUAUUCUCUAAAAGUAUUGAAUGAUGCAUUGAAUGAUUGUUAGAAUUCGGAAUAGACGGGUACAAAUACAAACAUUCUAUAUUUCUAACAUAUGACAACUAAAUUACAAAAUUACCGUAAGAGUAAAACAUUGUCACUGCAAUAGCAAAAGGGGGUACUGUUUAUACAAUUUUAUUGCAUUUUUCAUAAUAUUUUAGAUAUUGAUAAAAACGAAAAUUAAA